AGAGCAGUGUCCAAACCCAUCAGAGUCUGUUUGUGAAGCAGUCAAGAUGUCAGCCAGGACUCUGGUAGCGUUGCUGGCUGUGACCUGCGUUGUUUAUGCUCAAACAGAUGUGGAUAACAAGGCGAGUGAGUUCCUGAAGAGGUUCGAUGAAGAGGCAAGCGUGCAGCUCUACAACUACUCGCUGGCAUCAUGGGCCUACAACACCGACAUCACACAAGAGAACUCAGACAAACUGGCAGAAGCGGGGCAAAUUUGGAGCAAUUUUUACACAAAAAUGUCAGAGGAGUCAGCGAAAUACCCCAUAGACCAGAUCACAAUUCCAGAAAUCAAAUUACAGCUCAUCUCGCUCCAAGACAAAGGAGCUGGAGCGCUUUCCCCGGAUAAAGCUGCACAUCUGAGUAAGGUGAUGAGUGAGAUGAGUACGAUCUACAGCACAGCCACAGUGUGUCUCAUCGAUGACCCUCUGAACUGCCAGACUUUGGAGCCAGGCCUGGAGCACGUGAUGGCCUCUAGCGAAGACUACGCUGAGCGUCUGCACGUGUGGGAGGGAUGGAGGAGGGAGGUGGGGAAGAGGAUGAGGCCGCUGUACGAAGACUACGUGGAUCUGAAGAACGAAGCCUCCAAACUGAACGGUUUUGAAGACUAUGGAGCCUAUUGGAGAUAUAACUACGAGACCAUUGAAGAUGACGUUCAGUUCAAGUACACCAGGGAUCAGCUGAUGGAAGACGUCCGCGCUGUAUACAAAGAGAUCCUGCCCUUAUACAAAGAGCUGCACGCCUAUGUGAGAGCCAAACUCAUGGAGAAGUACCCUGGACACAUCGACUCAAAGGGGACUCUGCCAGCCCACCUGCUCGGUGACAUGUGGGGACGAUUCUGGACCAACCUGUACUCUCUGUCCACCCCUUACCCUUUGAAAGAAGACAUAGAUGUCAGCCCAAACAUGGUGACGGAGGGCUGGGAUACAGAUCGGCUUUUCGAAGAAGCAGAGAAGUUUUUCAUGUCUGUCGGCCUGUACCAGAUGUUCCCAAACUUCUGGAAUAAUUCCAUGUUCACCAAACCUGAUGGACGCAAGGUGGUCUGCCACCCCACUGCCUGGGACAUGGGCAACAGAGAGGACUUUAGGAUCAAAAUGUGCUCCAAGGUCAACAUGGACGACUUCCUGACGGUGCACCACGAGAUGGGUCACAACCAGUACCAGAUGGCAUACCGUAACCUGUCCUACCUGCUGAGGGACGGAGCCAACGAGGGUUUCCAUGAGGCCGUCGGAGAGAUCAUGUCCCUCUCUGCUGCGACGCCCAAACACCUGAAGAGCCUGGGCCUCCUGUCUGAUGACUUCAUUUAUGAUAACGAAAUUGAGAUCAACUUCCUGCUGAAACAAGCGCUCACCAUCGUGGCCACACUGCCGUUCACAUACAUGCUGGAGGAGUGGAGGUGGCAGGUGUUUGCAGGGAACAUCACCAAGGACGAGUGGAUGGAGCGCUGGUGGGAGAUGAAGAGGGAGCUGGUUGGUGUUGUGGAGCCAGUGCCAAGAGAUGAGACCUACUGCGACCCCCCCGCUCUGUUCCAUGUGUCAGGAGAUUACUCUUUCAUUAGGUACUUCACCAGAACCAUCUACCAGUUUCAGUUCCAGAAAGCGCUUUGCGAUGCAGCGGGUCAUACAGGCGCCCUGUCCUCAUGUGACAUCACCAAUUCAAAAGACGCAGGAACCAAGCUCAGGAGUAUGUUGGAGCUGGGAAGGUCCCAGUCCUGGACCAGGGCUCUGCAUACGAUUUCUGGUGAUAUUAAGAUGGACGCACGCCCCCUGCUGGACUAUUUCCAGAAGCUCUAUGACUGGCUGAAGAAGGAAAACGAGAAACACAAAAGGACUGUCGGCUGGGACACAGAAGUAGACCCAUAUUCCGAGUACGAGAUUAAAGUGAGACUGAGUUUAAAGGCCGCUUUGGGAAAGAACGCUUACACCUGGAACGACAACGAGCAGUUCCUGUUCAAGGCCAACAUCGCGUACGCUCUGAGGCAGUACUACAGCCAAAUGAACAAGACCAUGGCUUUCACAUCUGAAAACGUACUCACAUUUAAAAACACUCCCAGAAUCUCCUUCUACAUGGUGGUCACAAAUCCAGACUCUCUCUCCUCGUAUGUCCCAAAGAAAGACGUGGAGGAUGCCAUACGGUUAAGUCGAGGGCGAAUCAAUGAUGCCUUCCAGUUGGAUGACAUGACGCUGGAGUUUGCAGGAAUCCCCCCGACCCUGGCCACUCCCGUGGAGCAGCCGUGGGAGGUGUGGCUGGUGGUGUUCGGGGUGGUCAUGGGAAUCGUGGUUCUAGCAGGAGUCUACCUCGUGGUCUCUGGGGUCAGGGAGCGCAAGAAGAAACCUGAGAAGAGCAGUGUGGAGAACCCCUACGACACCACCGUGGAAGGACAAACUAACAAAGCCUUUGACGACAGCGACAAUGAACAAACUGGAUUGUGAGGUCAACGAUGUCACUGAAGAAAAGAGAGAAGGUGUCCUCAUUUCUAAAGUAGAUUAAACUCAUCCAAAAAAAACAUCCACAGAAAUGCUAAAUGUUUCUACGAGAGGAACAUUUAUUUGAAGAGGAUUUUGACUUUUUUGUAAAGUGCCUAGCCUUGAUAAAUUAUUAAAUUAUUAUAUAUUUAAUCUUUGUACAUUUAGUGUGUAAUUAUUCUCAGACUUAUCAAACUCAAAUAAGGGAAACUGAACAUGAGAUCACUCCACUUGAAUUCAGUUGGUGUUAUUUUGUGAGCAUCCAUAUUUUGGAAGCUUUUUUUUUUAGUUUACUUAUUGAAAGAAUGUUGCCUCUUUACGAUGUACUUUUUGUAAACUAUAAUAAACUAUAAAAAUCGGCAACUAUUAAUGUCCUUUGGGACAAUCUGAACAUACAUGAAAUCAAUCCAAAAACGGAAUAAAUAUACUUUAAAAUGUAAAUAUCAUACUUUGAAUAGUAAUUAAAUUAUUCAUGCUCAGGACAGAUAUUAAUUGUGUGUCUCCUUUGAUUCAGUCAGUGUUAUUUGAAUUUGUGCUUCUUACUUGCUAUAUGGGUUUGUCAAAUAUAAAAAAAAGAAGGCAUGGCACACUUUCUUUUUAAUCAAACUACAUUUCACACGAUGAUAGCUUUAUAACACAUGUAAAUGUGGUUCACUAUUAAGUGUUGGUGUCAAACUUUAUUUACAGUGCAACAUCUCUCACAGGAGACAAUUAUUCUUCAACAAUGCUUUCAGGUGAUUUGUUGUCAUUUGCAGAAUUUUAUCUUAUCAAAACCUUUCCGGCAGGAUCUGUUUCUUGUUGAUGUGAAUACUCAGAUGAUAUAAGUGCCAUGCAGCUCAGAUUCAGGAUGCAAGAGUCCAUCAAAAGGAGAAUGAUUCUUUUUUUCCACACUGUUUCCUUUAAUCUUUUGUAAAAGCCUGUGAUUGUCUGAUUUUUUGUAAACUUUUUCAUACUUGAACUUGUUUUAAAAUAUCAAAUUGAAUGUUGUCAAUGUACGCUUGGUAUGAAGGUGCAUGAUAAAAUAAAAACAUACUAAAGAACG